ACAAUUCUUUAACAGUCACGAUACUGAGGUGUUGGAAGAUUAUAUAAAUACAAUUGAAAACAUUUCAUCGCCGGAUCCCUUUAGAAGUUUUCUUUAUAACAGGUGUUGCCUACAAACAGCAGACGACAAUGUUGAUGUUAUUAUGCAUAAUAGCAACUGUUAUACCGUUCAGUCUUGUUGAAGGACGGAAAGGAUGCUGGGCUGGACCAACACCGCCAGGAGAUGAAUGCCUGUACGGUAGGGAACUUCACGGCAGAAGAGAUCUCGGCAUACACUAUAUCUUCACUUCACAGUUCACCCGGAUAUGUUGUCAGGCAUAUGAAUGUACGUACUGGGGAAUGUGUAGAUUCCGGGAUGUUGGGUGCGGACAGAGUGUCAGUGGGUUUCCAGUGAAAACACACGCAUUACGAUGGGGUCAAAGGGAUGUUGAACCAAUUAUGAGAUGCUUUGAUACUCGUGGAGCUGGUGCCUAUUACAGUUAUACAGUUGAAAUUGUUGUUAUUGAUUAACGUUGAAGAAAUACUUCUGUAAGAUGUUUUUCAUUUAACAUAACAGAAGUCUGUUUUAAUAAAGGGCAAAAUAAAACUUAUAA